AUGCUGGCUCGCGCGAAUAGCGAUGCGGGUGUCCGUCUCCGCCGAUCCAAGUCUGCGUCUACCGUUCACAAGCAUUCCACUUCCAUCACCGAAUCACCGGAUCUGGAUACGAUCAGAGAGCAAGCUCUAGCUGCGGCCACAGCUGCCUUUGCUCGAGCGCAGGCCCAAGAUGCGGCGGAGCGCACCACAAAACGUAGCUCUGAGGUGGCAAGGUCCAAGAGCAAUGCCAGCCGCAAGUCUCUCACAUCCCAGGGCAGCCACUUUCCACCACGCGAUUCGAGCUUCAGAUCUCUGCAGCGCCCGAACGCUGAGCAGACUAGGAGUACCCACCGCUUGUCCCAGUCCUCGACAGAGAACACAAACCAGAACACAGAGCAAUUUCCACCCUUCUAUCCUGCUCCCAACGUCCAUGGAUCACUUUCCGUGCCGCGAUAUCUAUCAACACAGUCUUCUAUCACAUUCAGUGAAAACGCCAGACCCAAUUCCCAACCAAAGUCGUUUCGACAGAAUACUUCGACUUCAAUUACCUCACAACAAAUACGCAAGGCACGCUCUAUGUACUACGCAAGCAGUGUCCAAACUGGAUCUCCGAUCGCUCGACCACCCUCCAAAUACCUUACAACACCGCCUCUAGUUAGUGCCAGUCCAGUGUCAGAAACCUCGUCUCUUCCUUUAUCGUCCCGAACACUUCGGCCGUCACCACUUGCAGGCCCCCACGUGCCUGUCACAGUCAAGCCUGACAUGACGCUUGACAUGGCACGAGAUGAAUAUCUGCAAGGUUUCCAACAGAAGGCAGUGAAACACAAGCCGUCCAUGUUUCUUCCGUCAUUAAAGAAGAGACAGGAUAGAGGAAAAGACAAAGGCAAGCGUGUCGCAUCGGAAUCCUCUUCCUUUCCGAUGAGUAAACAGCACACACCCGACGAGUCGACGACUGACCUUGCUUUGAACGAAAUGAUAUCAUCCCAUGAGAUCAAAGAGAAGCGGUCAUUCUCCGGUUCUCUCAAAAGCAAGAUUAAGAAAGUAUUUCGGCGUGCAUCGGGCAAAUCAGCCAACCUUCCAGUUCAGCAGAUUGAUGCUAGUCGCGACUACUUUCAUACUGCACACUAUAGCCCACCGUCCGCCAAAGAUGCAUUGGGUAUACCCCCUCCCAAUGAAGAAACCUUGCACCGCAUUCGUGCCCGAACGCCGUCACUCGAGGGAACUUACCCAGCCUAUCUCAGAACUGGGUCUCGAAGCAAUAGCACUGGAAGCAAUCGCAGUCUCCAUAGCGAAGCCAAUGUUACAAACAUAUCAGCCUCUCGAGUCACAAGCUGGGGAGCAUCGACUACAAGCGAUACGCUGACUCAACGAGCCCUGAAGCGCAUGACUGUCAUACACGAAUCCAAGGAUAGCAUUGGAAGCGAAGCAGAUCACAAUGCUUCUACAUCUAACCCUAGACGGAAGUCGCUGCCUCUGCCAGCUCUCUCCGCUUUUCGUGACCCAAUGCCCAUGGAGAUUCUCACCGAAGAGUCACCAACGCCCAUCGAUCCCAAACGCGUCUUUUCUGCGCUCAUGAAAGAGAUUGGGUCGUCAAAACAACAGUCGUCCUCAAGCCCUGCUCAACGAACACCUGGAGCGGACAGCGACGUAUUCGAAUCCAGCACGACGAAGCUAUUUUCUAACCCACGAGACUUGCAUUCAGGCGGCAGCCGCAAUCUUCGAAGCAGUAGUGAACUGGACCAGAGACCACCAUCACGAAGACCUACUACGUCCCAAAGUGCGCAGAGCAAGACUAGCACAAUCAGGUCUUUUGGCAGGGCGAUCAGGUCAACCAUUCGCACCGUCACACCCAUCGGACAGCACUCGUCGCCCGCUCCAGACGCCACAAGUCGUAUAUAUGGCGCGGAAGGAGAGCAGCAACGAGAUGACGGGUUACUUCCGUCAUACAUUGCGCCAGAAUCAGACGACAGCCAGAACGAUAGUGAGAGUGCUGAGCGCAAUUGUGCUGUUCAAGUGUUCACGCCAUCGACCUUGCAGAUUGAGAAGCGCGUAGAAAAGGCGAAAGAACGAUGGAAAACACCACUCGAAGAAGCUGAGGGCCUCCACUUCCCGCGUGAAACAGGCAGAACUUACGAUAUCACAACUUUUGCUCAGCAGACUCAAGAAUCCGCAAAAGUUAUUGAACAUGACAUGAAAGUAGCAUCGGUACCUAGGUCUGUUGAUCACAACAUACAUAGACUUCCCGUAUCUCCGAAAGCUUCCGCGUCACCAACAUCUCGUGUUGCGGCGACGCCAAUGUCCCCCAGCAUAUAUUCACGGGAUACAGAUGGUGUCAGCAUCCUCCCGAACGAUAGCAUCAUGUCUUUUGGAGGGCAUAGUGAGUUUGAUCGGUCUCAGGAUGGUGGCUUAGCAGUUAUUUCCACUAGCCAGUCAGUCAGAAGCUAUGUAGUGGGCACACCCUCCCCUCAACGUCAGGCAUCGACGCGUACAAGUCGGGAUUGGAGGGCCUGGCUAUCGCAUGAGAUUUCAGGCAUGGAGUUCACCAGUCAAGAUGAUUUGAGGAUCCACGAUCAAUACACAACACCAUCUAAGAAGACAGGAUCCGAUCCGAUCCGCACAACUCACACAGAGCACGAGGAUACGACGUUCGUUCUUCGAGGAUCUUUUGAUGUAAUAACACCGCGACCAGGGGCCCAUAAUUCAACAAAGACAAAUGACUCGCUUGUUCCUCGUCGCUUGGACAGUUUAGAAUCCAAGUACGGUGAGAAGCGCGGCGUAAAAGCAGCCGAUCUGAUCGCUGAGAGAUCAUCGUCAUCCUUGGAGUUUGAUGACAAGAAUGCUUGCAGCUAUCCUACAACAGACACCAGUGAUACGGCAAAGGACCAUCAGCCAUCUCAGAUCAAAUCAACAUCGCUUUCCGGCACGGAGCGUCCGCUUGCAAAACCGAGAACCCCGGAGUCUACUCCACGGUCUUUGCUUGAGACACCCAGAUCGCCUUCAAUGAACGACCGAUUCCCAUAUCUUGAUACUGGCCGACGCUCGAGCAGCAACAGCUUGUCUUCUCGACAUUCUAAAUCACCUACCAUUAUGCACGUCCCAACGAAGUCUCAACCCUCGCCCAGAUUGACACCUGCUUCCAAAGCCAUCACUGAUGCGUCCAUGCCCGCCACAGAUGAGACCUCAGAGCGUGUGUCAGACACUGCACUGAGAAAGAACGAUGCGCAGUCUAGAAGGAAAGAGAACGUUACCCCUCCCUCGAUAUGCAGUCAAAAGAAGUCGAUCGUGUCAACUUUGGGAUUGUCGACGCGACCAAACUCGCAACAGCUGCUUUGCCCGUCAACCACCCCACGUAUUUCGCCUAGCAUCAGUCAACACCACACACCAGAGGGGAACGAAAACAAGCAAAAACCCAGUCCAGCAGGGACUCCUUUGCGUCCCCGCAUUCGCGCAACCCUCCGCCCGAUGUCUUCGGAGAAACUCGCUCGCCGGCCCCGUAGUGCAUUCGACCUCCGUGGUGCCAACAAUAUUGGCCGACCCACUGUCGUCGAUCUGGAUAAUGUCUCCUCACUUCCCGGUCCAGACCUACGGCGCCCUGGACUACGUAUCGAGACUUCGUCAAGCUCUCUGGCCAUGAGCAAGGAACCUAUUCCGGAUACCAUUUCUGUAGGCAGAACUAUCAACACUGUACUCAAUGGUGAGCGGAGUGAGAGCGUUACCCCUGGUCAACGGAUGGCAGAUCGGUUCUUGAAGCAGAGGAAGAGUACGCCGGCAUUGGAAGGUAGUGCAGGUAAGCUGAGAGGUGGGCUACUUUUGGUUAGAGAAGAUACACCAGCUUUUCUGUGA